UUGCAGUUUGACUCCGUUGUCUUCUCUGGUCUGCUUUUUCUUGUUUGUUGGCAGCUGCGUCCCACACACCUCCAACAAAGGGAGAAAUAACCAAGCAAUAAGUGCUGCCCACGGCCAUCCCUCGGAAGUUAGAAUAGCAACCAUUCGCACCCAUGAACAGGAGUGCAAAGAAGUACAAGUGUCCCUAUGCGAACUGUGACAAGGCCUACAACAGGCCUUGUCUGCUGGAGGAGCACAAGAGAAGUCAUGACAACACCAGGCCCUUUGAGUGUGACGUGUGUGGUAAGUGCUUCUUCCGAGAAACCCAUUUGAAAUCUCAUGCCUGGACUCAUGCGGAUAAAAGACCCUUGGGUUGUCCCGAAUGUGAUAAGAGGUUCAUAACGAACCAGCAGUUGAAGAGACAUAUAGGUUAUCAUGACCGUAAGAGACAAAGAGAGAGCUCUGUAGGUAAUAGGCAGCCGUCGACUGGUGCCUCUAAGACUGAUGGCUCAAACUCCGACCAUGGUGAUGAAAGACCAAUGAAACUCAUAAGGUUUGAGUGUCCAUUCGACUGUGCUCACACUUUCCUCACGGCAUCCGGGCUGUCAGACCAUUUGCUCGAGGAGCACAUCAUGACAGAUACGGUAUCGCCAGAGUUCCAUGUGAAAACGCUGAAUGGGGAUUUGUUGGGUGAUUCACCUCCAAUAAAGCAGCUCUACUCAGAACUACCGACGAAUGACAAUGGUGACGCCAAUCCCAUCCAUGGUGUAGUCUAUAAUUCAAGCUCAAAUGGUACAACACCUCCUUGGAAUGGAGAAGAUUGGAGCGAGCCACUGUGUCAUGAACAUGAAUGUCAGCAGCACGAGAGCUUCAGGGACUUGGGACAACUUAUGAUCCACUAUUCUGAUAACCAUGAAUACGUCCCAAAUUCCCUGUUCCAAGACUACCUGUUUUCAUUGGAUGGAAGCUACUAGUGGUUAUCUCAUCUAACCAAUGAGGAAAAAGAAUCAAUGUUCUUUUUAGCUCUCCAUCAAUAUCGAUUUAUGGCACAGUCACUUCGAUCGAAACCCCAAAUAUCAAUGGCAGAUCUAUAUGAUUGUCUUUAUUCAAAUGGGCCAUCUUCAUCUUCUUGGAGCUGCUUCACAUGUUCCACCUUCAGCUGCUUCUCAAAUUAUAAUGACAAGCACUGAACUUGAAACUGAGCUCUCAAAUUUCUACCAUUGGCUGACAAUGAACACGAAUAAUCCUCAUUGAACGUAUGAUUGCUCCUUUCAAGCCUAUGUGGCUCUCCAUGACCAUGGAGAUCCUGUUAUUUCUUGUUCAAACGAUCCAUCAAACUGUCUCCUUUGAGCUUAAAGAGGUCAUUACAUGAGGGCCUCUCCUUUGCUGCUGAUGAAAAUAACAGGCA